CCGAUUUUUUUAUAUCCACCAGUGUCCUACCCGCCAUUAGCUGUGCCUCUUUCUCCUUCUUUCCGUCUCCGUCCCCGUAUAAAUACCUCUUGGUCGGUCGUUUACUGUAACAAGCCGAAACAGAAGCUCGAAGCUCCAAGAAUUUGUAAGAAUACGAUUCAGGCGGUAAUUUAUUCUCCGCCGGCGGCGAGUGAUUGAUUGUCGACAUCAGAGAUCUAUACCUAUUUAUCAAUUCCGGGGAUCCUUGGUUGGCGGUUGAGAUCUUAUCAAUUCAAUCGAAUGGCGGAGGACAAGUACAAUCUGAAGAACCCAGCCGUGAAGCGGAUCCUGCAAGAGGUGAAGGAGAUGCAAUCGAAUCCGUCUGACGAUUUCAUGAGCCUUCCUCUCGAGGAGAAUAUAUUCGAGUGGCAAUUCGCCAUCAGGGGUCCUUGUGAUACCGAGUUUGAAGGCGGGAUUUACCAUGGGAGAAUUCAGUUACCCGCGGAAUACCCCUUCAAGCCACCUUCAUUUAUGCUUUUGACUCCAAAUGGUCGAUUUGAGACUCAAACGAAGAUAUGUUUAAGCAUAUCGAAUCACCAUCCAGAGCAUUGGCAACCGUCAUGGAGUGUGAGGACAGCUCUAGUAGCUCUUAUUGCAUUCAUGCCAACCAACCCAAAUGGUGCAUUGGGAUCGCUAGAUUACAAGAAGGACGAGAGGCGUGCGCUAGCUAUCAAAUCUCGCGAAGUAGCACCAAGAUUCGGUACUCCUGAGCGUCAGAAUCUCAUUGACGAGAUUCAUGAAUAUAUGCUAAGCAAAGCACCACCGGUCCCUCAGCCAGACGUCUUACAGUCUUCAGAAGAACAACCAACAAAUACAGAGGAUGAAGCACCUAAAGAGACUGCUGCUGCUGCUGAAGAACUUGCCAACGCCGGUCCUAGUGAAACCCAGGUCACGGCAGAAAGGAUUGUGGAAGAAGUACCCGAGGCUCUUGUUCCCAUUGAUAAUCCUCCUGUUCAAGCCGUAAUAAGGGCAGCGACUCUGGAAGUGCCUCCGGCAAGAAGGCCGAGCGAUCAAAUUCGGCAUAGAGCGGCAGUCCAAAGGCCUGCUGCUGGUGCUGACGAUAGGCUCUUCACAUGGGCUGCUGUGGGGCUCACCAUCGCCAUAGUGGUUCUGCUACUGAAGAAGUUCUUGAAGUCUAAUGGGCACAGUCCAGUUUUCAUGGACGGCUCCUAGAUUGUCUCGGAGUGGUGGUGAUGGACUGAUGGUAAGGGAUGGCAACACAUGGAAAAGAGGGAAGUAAAUCUCUUCUUUUGUCUUAUCUCGAUUUGCGACAAAAUUUGUAAUAUAGUUUUAUCAUCCGCUUAAGAUAUUCAUCAUUUCCCGUGUCUGUAAUUAAUAAAAAUGUAGAUGAGUGAACUUAAUUCCUAAAAAAAAAAACCCAAUCCUCUCCCCCCUCUCCCCACGUUGGGCGAGUGGGUGGGCUGUUCGCCUUCGUGCGUCCAUGGAACGAGUUGUUUCCGCCAUCGUCUUUCGCCGGUUCCGGCACCUCCCCACCGGAAUUGGGAUAAAUAGGGGAGCGCAGCAACAUGCGAUUGGGGCUUUUCUCUGUAUCCUCUCUGUUAAUCCUUCUCCUCUUGCUGUAGGCGUUCAAUUGGGAUUCCCUUACUCCGAUUCAAUGGCGGCCAUUCGGUUCAAUGACGCGGAUGUUGCAGUGGGUGCACAACGGAUCGACCAAACUCUGGUCGGUCGGCUUUGUGGACCGCUUCCAUCUCUGUCGACCCUGCGAACGAUUGUGGGGAGGGUCUGGAAAUGCGAUUUCUCGAUGGCGGUUGUGGAGUGGGACCUUCUGCCGUUCGUGCUCCCUGACCCGGAGACAGCGCUUAGGAUUCGAGCUGGGUCGCCAUGGAUUUUUGAGAAGUUCCUCAUCCAGGUCAGGAAAUGGGAGACCCCAACGGCAGAGGUGGCCGCCGACCUCAUCAGAGUGCCUCUUGUCGCUCAAAUCUAGGGAGUGCCUUAUGAUUGCUGUACCGAGAGGAUGGGAUCCUUGCUUGGGGCUGCUAUGGGACCUGCAGAGGCGGCCACAAUCCACCGAUCGGUUUCCUCCGGGGGGCUAUACUUCAGGACGAAGAUCACUCUGGACCUUCAACUCCCCCUCCCGGAUGAGAUUUCUGCUGCUCAUGAGGACCCUUCGAGAGGGUGUUUCAAGGCCAAGGUGAAGUUUGAAUCCCUUCCCCAAUUCUGUUAUCUUUGCGGAGUGAUUGGUCAUGUGAAUAGGAACUGUCUGCGGAAGGACGAUCUGGACGGACAACCUCCAAGAUAUGGAAAGCAUAUGGUGGCGCAGGAGUUUGGCCCGAGAGUGAAUGAGAACACGCUGGCUCGGCGACGGCGUAGGUUUGUGUGGACGCUGGCCGGAAAUCGCCCUGGUAACCAGAUGGCGGCUGUUUCCACCGGUAGGCGACCACGAUCAGGUGAAGCCAACGAUGGGAGGCGGCAGUCCUCCACUCUCCACCUAGGAAUGACAUCUCAUCUGGGGCAACUAUGCAUCUCGGCCCCCCAGGGUAGCCUGCCAUCCUUUCCAGUGGUGAGUACUCUGCUACAUGACAAGCGAGUGACUGAACAUCAGGAGCCAGCAGCUAAAAGAGCCCGGCUCGGAACAAAUGGCGACGAGGCAGGUCGGGACAUGAAUCUGGAGGUGGUGGCAGCCGGCCUUGAUCGGUCCCAAGCUGAUCCAUGAGCAUACUCGCUUGGAAUUGCAGGGGAUUGGGAGGCCCCUGACAAUUCCAGUCCUGAAGGAGGUUCUAUUCCGGGAAUCUCCGCUACUGGUGUGCUUGAGUGAGACAAGGAGGGAUGAUGAAUUUGUGAUUCAGCAAUUUGGUAAUUUAGGCUUCCCUGAGGAGCGUGUACAUAGUGUGUCCAAUAAUGGCAGUGGCUUAGUCGUUGCGUGGUCUUCUAGUUUAGCUUGUACAGUCUCAGUAGAGUCUCUUGGCUUUUUAUUUGUCGAAUGUGAGCACUUCUCGUUGGGGAGAUUUGGUGUUGUUUUUGUGCAUUUAGAUUGUGAGGAAGGCCUCCGCCAGUAUCAAUUGAAUGAAAUUUCUUACUUGGUUUCUUUGUAUGA